ACGAGAGGAGAUUGGGAAGUCCAUGCCUGGAACCUGUUCGAUCCCGAACUCUUGUAAGUGAUUAACCCUCUCCCAGAAUGUUUAGCUUCUGUAGCAGAAAGUUUUUUCGUAUAAAGUGGUCUGGUGAUUUAUCAACAUUUUUCCUUCUCAUUCGAAACUCAUCUCUUAGGUUUAAUUCAAAUGCCACAGAACAACCGUCUCUCACAAUAGAUUAUCUCAUGAACAGAUGUGGGUUAACCCAAGAAUCUGCUCUUAAAACCUCCCAAAGGAUUAAUAUCAAAUCCACCACAAAAGCAGAUUCGGUUCUCGCACUCCUAAACAGCUAUGGAUUACCCAAACCCUGUAUCUCAAAGUUAAUCACCAACUACCCAACAGUACUCUCUGCGAAUCCUAAGAAAACCUUGGAACCCAAGAUUGAAUAUUUCUCUAAUAUAGGGAUUUCAGGCCCCGACCUGGCAAGGAUCAUCUCUAAGGACCCAACCAUACUAGCGAAUGCCAGUUUGAGAAACAAAAUUAUUCCUUCAAUGGAGUUCCUUAGGAGUUUCCUUCACGAUGGUAAGAGUAUUGCUCUGGCCUUGAGUCGGUUGAGGUGGAAUCGGGGGUUUCAAAGAAUGAUGGAACCUAAUAUUGAGAUCUUGAGAAAUCAGGGAGUGUCGGAAUCUGGGAUUUCAAAACUAAUUAUACUAUGUCCUCAAUUACUUACAUGGAAACAACCUCAAUUUAAUGAUGUUGUCCUGCAAGCCAAGGAAAUGGGAUGUGAUCCCUCAAGGAUGAUGUUUAUCUAUGCUGUCCGCACGCUGUCACAGAUGAGUAAGACUACGUUGGAAGCGAAACUGGAGGUUUAUAGGAGUUUUGGAUGGUCGGAGGAUGAGAUUCUGUGCAUGUUCAGAAAACAACCAUAUUGUCUGGCUCGCUCAGAGAAAAUUCUUAGGAUGCAAUUGGAUUUCUUCAUAAACAAACUGAGUUGGACUGCAGCUGAAGUUGCCAAGAUCCCAGUUAUUUUAAAUUUCAGCUUGGAGAAGAGAAAUGUUCCAAGGUGUUCUGUUAUUCAAGUUCUUCUCUCCCAGGGUCUAAUGAAGAAACAAAGUAUUGGUUCUGCACUGCUAAUGAAUGAUGCGAGGUUUUUGGAAAACUUUGUUAGGAAAUAUCACCAGGAGCUACCUCAGCUGUUGCAGGAGUACAAACGUAACAUGGAAUGACUUGGGAACUGGGAUUGAUGAUUUGUAGAAUUUAUUCUUACAAUUUGACACGUAUUUACAUUUUUUGUACUUGAUGAUACUCAGGCAAUGUAAACGUCUAGGUUAUUUA